CAACGAACAGCUGAUGCCACGCAUCAGUCUUUGUUUACAUUGUUUGUUGUGGAUUUGGGACGUUGUUCACAACGGUAUCUAGUAAACUCGUGUGCCGCGUGUCUCGGGCUAAAGCAUAUCACUGGAGAUACCAUCAGUAUUUAGGAAGUUAUCCCCCGUAUCGGACGUGUUGUUAAAUUUUUAUCUCGACAUCAAUCGAACUAUCCGAAUCAUGUCUCAACAAAAAGAAAAGACCAAGCAAAAGAAAGGCAAAGGAGACACGAAUGAUUCUCCAUACGCUCAACCGAUGUCAGCAAAGUCAAAGAAAUCAGCCGAGAAACCUAUCAUUGCUGCUCGCGAGCGGGGUCCUGGACCAGGAAGGUAUGGACUUCCCUCAACAAGUGGGUUUGUUGCUCAUGACUUCUCCAAGCACAUGAAACCAGCAUAUUCGUUUGGCCAUCGUCUAGAAAAUUCAAUGUUUCGCAAAGAUUGCAGUCCUGGACCUAGUUACAUGAUAAAUUCUGAAAUCACAAGGGUUGGAAAGGAUGGUACUCCAGCUUACUCGAUGCUUGCAAGGCAAAAAGAUCCAAAUACCUUUGUCACACCGUCACCCUAUGCAUAUUCUCCUGAGAAGGUUCACCCACAGGGUGAAAGGCAUGCUCCAGUUUACUCCAUGGGGGCCCGAACACGCUUCAGGAAACGCGAUCAAGCACCAGCUCCCAACAGUUACAAUCUACCCUCACUUCUCGGCAGUGAAGUUCCGAACAAGAAUUCAAGCGCCAGUCACUCCAUGACAGGGCGCCCUCAUGUGGGGAGUUAUUUAGAAGACCACGCCAAGUGUCCAGGACCCGGCAGUCACCAUGCAGUUCACCCCGAUGUCACAAAGUACAAGAAGCCUAGUUACUCUAUGCUUGGGCGCCAUGAAUUAUCAAAUGACUCUGCAACCAAACCAGGCCCAGGAGCACAUAGUCCAGAGAAGGUGACUGUUACCAAGAGGAAAUACCCAAGUCACUCUCUUGGGAUCAGGCAUUCAGAGUUUGUGUGUCCGUUGAUCGUCGUAGUCAAAGAUUAAAAGUGCAUGUAACUUUAGAAUCAAGGAAAGGACUUGAGAUAUGACUUUGUGGGGUCAUGAGGAUUGGUGAUUUCUCCUAUUAUCCAAGGAUGAAUGAAGUGAACAUUCCACUGGCUGGAAGGGACACUGCUUCUUGAAUGAUGAGAAUAAAGAUCGAUGAGCAAUAUGUAAAUAUGCAUGUUGAAUUGCAACAAAAAAAUACAAAAAAUAAUGCAAAUUCUAUGAAGUAAUUGUUUUCAUUAUCCUAAUUGAGAUUGUUUUGAUAAACCUGUAUCAAAUUUUGAAGAAUCUUUCUCUAAAUCAUUAAGGUGAUCAUGACAGGUAUCAUCACACAAACCAUGUUGCAUUUUUUCCAGUAUUAAUUCCGAUUUGAUUAAAUUUUUAUAUGAUGUAACAUCUUAUUUUAGGUUCUUACAUACAUUGUAUCAAUGAGAAAAGUCUUGGAUGAUUUGGUGCUUUUCAUGCUUCCCACCAUAUCAUGUGCAGUAUGUACUUUUUUCCAUAUUCUAUGCAAGUCUUGUGACUAACAGUAUUUUGUAUCAGACACGAUUUCCAUACGAGGUAGGACUCUAGAAUAGUUUGAGUUUACUAUGUUCACUCCAUGUUGACUACAGUUCUCAUUCACGAUUGCCUUUUGCACUUUGAAAAAUACUUGCCAAAUGAGAAUUUAAAGUUAUUCUGGAUGGACAGACUGUUACAUCAUGUACAAGGAAAAGUACAAUGAAUUACAUAAAACUGCAUCAUUCCUAGCAUGUAAGAGUGAUAUCUCCUUGUUUAAACUAUGUCAGGGGUGGUAACACAAAGGAUUGAAAUCAUUCUUAGAAUAGUGAUGGCCAGCCAAGAUCAUGGUUCGACAUGAGCUAUGAUCAGUAUAUCGGCUA